GAUCGCCUGCUUCGCCGGUUCCGCUCCACCCGUAAACCCUUCAUAAUUCUCUCCAUUUUCACUCUCGUCGCUCCUUCCCAACCAUCAGAACAGCGUCCUCAAAAGCUCCAGCGAGCGUGAUGUCCAGAUAGCAUCGCCACAGGAGGAAGAGGAAGAAGACGACGACGACGACGACGACGAAGGUCAGGCCCGUUGACCCUCGAUACAGCCUCCGGAACAGAGUUUUUAAUGGGGAAAUCCCUCCCCUCUGCGACGAGGUUGCGCCAGCUAGCGGGAGUUGGGCCGCGGUCCGCCGCCAGAACCCUAGAAUCGGCCAGGGCCGCGCCGGGUGGAGAUCGGAGAUCGGGGAACCGGAGGGCGGCGAUGGAGAUCGAGGCCAGCGGCGAGAAGGAGAGCAGCGUGCGCGUGCCCCUGUCGGAGGUGGUGUCCGACUGCGUGAAGCGGUGGUUCAAGGACACGCUCAAGGAGGCGAAGGCGGGGGAUGUGAAUAUGCAGGUCUUGGUGGGUCAGAUGUAUUACAGCGGCUAUGGAGUUCCCAGGGAUGCUCAGAAGGGAAGAAGUUGGAUGACCAGGGCAUCAAGGGUCCGUUCUUCUGCAUGGAAAGUUAGUGAUAAGCGUCCAGGAUAUAAUGCCAGCGACUCGGAUUCAGAUGACAUGAAAGACAGUUCUGAGGGACAGAAGCGCUCAUGACCUCUGUUGGUACUAGGGGCUACUUGGGGAUGCGCGUGUAUUUGCGGCACCUUCAGAUUCCCUUUUGUUCACUUUUUCCCCUUCAUCUACCAUGUAAACAGUCUUGCUCCUUGUAGUCAACGGAGGUAUAUUUACUUCAUUUUGUCUGGUUUCACAUUUGCACAAGGAUAGUUGGGAUACCUUUUUCAGCCUUUUGGCGAAAGAUCAAGUGAGAGGUUGGUUUGGGGGCUUCUUUUACCUCUUCUUUUGAUUUUGCUAACUGUGUGGGGGUACUUACUUGAUGGAGUCAGGAUCUUAGAUUAACAAUUGAUGAUUAAGCUGCGCAGACAAACCGGUGUCAAUACAGAGAAAAGUUUGUGCACAGUGUACGCCUUUCAUCCAGUGUUAUAAUAUUCAUCCCUCUUUAGAGGUCAGCAACUUGGACUUCUGACCAUCUGUGCCCCCCAUCCUGGCCACUGUGGCAGCUUGUGGAGUGAUUGACUUCUCCAGUUUCUUACAAAUUUGAACAGCUUGUGGGAAUUUCUUUUACUUUUAGUGAAGUUACUUGGUGUUAGACUCAAGGUGGGUGAACGAUGUGAACAAUUUUACUAGAUCUUUUCAUUAUCUGAAAUAUCUUGUGGGAUUUAGCUAGCAGA